CACAGACCGAGGGACGAAUCAGCGUCUCUGAAAGCACCGAUUUAAAGACAACUUUAUUGACACCACCCUUGUGCACAGGGUUGUCCUUCAGUGUCGUUAGCGGCUACCCUGUUGUCCAGUUUCUUCUCUGCGUACUGACUUUAAUAGCCCCCGUUAGCAAAAUAGACGCGGUUUAGAGGUGACAGAUACUGAACCCGCUGUGAUAAUGGCGGCAAGGGUUUUGCCAUUCGUGAAAUUGGCGACCAAGGUGACCAUCGCAGGAGGAGCUCUUUAUGUUUGCUAUGACUCGGGACUCCUGGGCGGCAGCGAGCAGGGCUCCGAGGUGCUGGCCAAGGCCAAAGCUGCAGUGCCACCUGCCCUGGAGGAGUGGAUGAAGUAUUUUGGGCUGGAGGCUCAGUUCCCAACUAUACCAAAGAUCGAAUUCUCUCCUGUUAAGGCUUGGAACUCAGGAGUGCGAACAUCAAUCUCAGCUCUUUCAGAUGCCCCAACAAGGGCAGGUGAAUACACAAAUCAGGGAUUGCAGUACCUGAAGGACCUCACCAAGUGAACCUGAACACCGUUGGAGGAUCUCACAUUUAUGAAACUUUGUUUGACUUUCGGAUGAACCCCAGAAAUGACACUGCUUCCUAAAAAGUUGGAAUCUGUCACAGGCAAAGAAGAAAUACCCUUAUCAUUUGGCUGAUCGGAAUCAGAUCCAGGUGAUGUAAUUAUUAAGGACACCGAUCAGUGUCAGGGAAACUGUCAGUUAAGUAAAUGAUGGUGGAGUUGCUUGGGAACUGUCCAUAACACCUUUAUUCACAAAUAACAAGUAAAGGAGGUAUUUAACUUUGUUGUGUACUUUGUGUAUGCCAUAAGUUAUUUACCUCAUCACCUGUCUAAAAUACAGUGUUUUGUUUCCUUUUGACUUUGACCCAUGUCCUCCUUAUACCAUCCAGCUUGUCUUUUAUAAGAAAAUGAAUGUUGUAUAUAUUGAGUUUCACCCUUUGUGGCUGUAUAAUAUAUAUAAUUCUUAAACAUGUCAAGUCUUUGAUGUGAUUUGUUCAACUGAGUUGAUAAGAAUAAGCAGGGGAAGGAAUCCUGUACUCUGAGAAAGGUCUGUUAUUUGAACAGACUGUAUGUAAGGCAGCCACAUUAAAUUCAUUUGAACAGCA